GCCUUUCUCCCAGACUGACUGGCUCGGUUGGCAGCGCGAAACACGCGGUCCGACAUGGCUCCCGUCGGCUGCAGCCUCUCUUCGGACGACAACUUUGCUCUCCAUCCAAACCCAGCAGCGACGACGGUGGCUUGCAGUAGCAGCGGUUGUCUCCCUGCAAAGAUCCCUCUUCUCUUCCCGUGUCUCUGUCUCUGUCUCUGUCUCUGGCUGCAAGGUACGGCAGAAACUACCCUGGGUUAUUCAGGUAGGUUGUUUGGAUGUGCCCCUGGCCAAAUACCUCAUACCUCCGAGAAAGGGCUGUUCGUCCCAUGUUUUGCCCCCUCGGCCCCUUCGUGUUGUGCGCCCGUGCGCCCCUCUGUUCAAGAACCGAGAAAUGCGACUGCGAGCCAGCCGCCAUGGCACUGCAGCCCUUCUCAGUUGUAGGUACGAAACAGUACAGUACUCCACAAAAGAAAUAAGCUGGUAAUGUCACUCACUGUCCCUGCCCCUGCAUUCACUACUCUGCUCCCAAGCCAAAAGUGAAGUCCAAGCCCAUAUGCAGCCCAGCUGCCCAGCUGCAGCCCUUAGCGCCUUCUGCACAGGAGGAAGUCAAUAUCAAGUCAGGCUCAGGCCAAAAUAGUGCGCCCGCCCUGCUAGGCCAUGCCGCUGCCGCCCUCACCCUCACCUUCACCCGCCCGCCUGCCCGCCCGCCCUCAAUGAUAAUAUAAGGUCACCCUCCCUUCCUAUUCUGCUUCAACUUCUCCUUUCUUGGCUUCCCACCGCGAUUUCGUUCGAUCUUCCUCUACCGCACCGCACUCGACGUGUUCCGAUUCUCUGUACUUUCGUACUUCACACUCCUUGAUUCAGUUCGGUCCGCUUGACUGACCAGCCGCCAUUCCUUUGUCUGUUGAUACGGACUAUUUCCAUUCCUUCAACGCAAAAAUUUGAGUCAAAGAACUCCACACCACGCCAACACGUUUCCCAAUCAUUACUCGUUGAAUCAUUUCAGCUUAGACAGCUACACUCAGACAGUCCAGUCAUUCCAACCGGCAGCAGCGACCACUUAGUAUUCCUGGCGAUACUCUCCCUUCGAUCUCGACCUUCUUCUUCUCCGUACAAAUACCUUCCAAGGAUUUCUCCAUUGUCCUGCAACCAUGCAAUUCUCAAAGGCUGCUCUCCUGGCCCUUUGUGCCGCGUCUGCUUCGGCAUACUCUGCCAACAAGCGUACCUUUGCUGUCAACCAUUUCUAUGGCAAGGGUCCUCUGGUCAUGGGCCGCAUGGACCCCAUUGUCAAUCCUGGUGUUGCGUCUGGACAUGUUCACGCAAUCCAAGGUGGUAACGCGUUCGCCCUGACCAUGACCGACGAUCAGGCUCUCAAAUCUACCUGCACCUCUUCCCGCGUCAAGAAUGACAAGAGCAAUUACUGGACUCCAGCUUUGUACUUUCAAGACCCAAAGACCGGCAAGCUCGAGCCCGUCGAAAUGUUCUACAUGAAUGUUUACUACUUCUUCGAUGCUACCACUGAUAAGAUUGAGGCAUUCCCUGAGGGACUUCGAAUUUUCACUGGAAACCCAAGUCUUCGUACACCUCCUGCCACUGGUGGAGAGCAGAUCACCGACCACUCUGAUGGUGCUAUCCAACCAAUCCAAUGGACCUGCCCUCGCUCCAACGACAAUGCUCCUCUCUACCCAACCAACUCCAAUGGUCGCAGCGGUGUUGGUAUUCAAGACCCAGGUAAUGGAGGAUCGGGUACCGGUUUCCCAGACAAGAACUGCGAUGGUUAUGCUUCUCCUCUUCGCGCCGAUAUCCACCUUCCUUCUUGCUACAACCCAGCCAAGGGCGUCCAGAACUACAAGGAGAACAUGGAUUACCCUACCAAUGGCAAAUGCCCAGCCGGAUGGAAGCACGUCCCACACAUGUUCUAUGAAGUCUACUGGAACACUCCCAAGUUCCAAGACCGCUGGACUCCAGGGCAAGGCAAGCAACCAUUUGUUCUCUCCAAUGGUGACCCUACAGGAUACAGUCUCCACGCUGAUUUCAUCAAUGGCUGGGAACCAGAGACGCUGCAGCAGAUCAUUGAUAACUGUGAUGCUGGAAGCUCUGGCAUGGAUAAAUGCCCUGGUCUCAUCGGUGGACUGAACGAUCCCUCAACAUCUUGCAACAUUGAGAGCGCUAUCGAUGAGGUUAUUGAUGGUGUUUUGGACAAGCUUCCCGGAAACAACCCAAUUGGUCAAUGGGGUACGGAUGCUGCGCCUGCUCCGGCUCCAGCCCCUGCACCUGUCGCAACUCCAAUCGCUUCUCCUCCAGUUGUUUCUGCCCCAGAUUCCAACCCUGAGGUAACUGCGCCAACCCAAGAGGCUACCUCAAAGGACGCUGCGCAACCCGUCGUUACACCAAAGCCAACCAAGAUUGUUGCUCCCGCUGCCUCACCGCCUGCCGAAGUUUAUACAAUCUCGCCUGCUCCAUCAGCGGCCUCAGCUCCAGAUGUUGGUGGAUCUAAUACUAUGAUCACAAGUUACGUUACAGUCAGCGAUGUACUUUGGACUACGGUUACUGCUCCUGGUCCGGCCGCUACUGAUUCUUCACCUGUCGCUGCUGGCUGGUCUUACUCCGGCUGCUUUGGUGAUACCAGAGAUCGUGUCAUGACCGGCAUCAAGCUGGCGAAUAUUGGCAACCAUGAAGUCACCAACACAAAGUGCGUUGCCUACUGUGACAGCAGGGGCUUCAGCAUGGCUGGCACUGAGUACGGUGGACAAUGCUUCUGCGCCAAUGCUCUGACUCCAAGCACGCCUGUUGAGGAAAGCAAAUGCGACAUGCCUUGUGAGGGUGACGAGAGCCAAACAUGUGGUGGAGGCAUGGCUCUUAGCGUGUACGCAAAGGGCGGUUCCAAGAAGCGCGACAGACAUCUCCGCCGCCAUCUCCACCACCACUCUUAAAUCUCACUCGAAUCUCCCUACCUUGGACACCAUACUCUACGCUCUAUUUUUUGCCGAGCCAGAACCCAUGGAUACACCAGAAACACGAAGGAAACCUAUACGCUACGUUCAAUCAACAAAUUUUUUUACUUCUAUACAGCUAUGCUGUUUUGGCGCAAGCCUAUAUUCUCAAAACAAAAGGGAAAUCAUUUACGGAUGUUUUUACCACAGGGGAUGUUUAAGGCUUGCUGGACAUUGACUUCUCCAUUCUCUCGUUCUCACUUCAAUUCACUUCACUUCAAUUUUCGCCUCGACUUGGUCUUUUUUUGUAUGUAUUUUAGGACUCACUCACUCGCAUGGGUCGAUUUGGGGUCGCAUGGGAUAGAUAGACAUGGGAUGGCGGGCAGCGGGCGAAAGCAAGAAUGGAUGGAUAUCUCACAUGAGAAUGGAGAAAAUGGAGAACUAGAAAUUUCUUCUUGCAAAAGGCAAUUCUUUUGCCGUUACGAUCGUUAUGACUGAGGAAUGAAAUGAAAUGAAUAUGAUGAAAAU